AAACAAACUGGUUGGUUGCUCGUAGCUGAGUACGCUGACGAGCUGUGUGCGCAAUGAGUUGGCGAGGUGCGAUCUCCUCCGCCGCAGAGCGUUUGUGCCAUUUACGAUGUGGCGCUUCAAAUCAGUCUACAAUUUGGCUUAUUCGCGUUUGUUCGAUCGUCGGGCGAUAAGCGGAUGUCUGCAAACAAUUGCCAACAGCUACUAGCUAGCAGUUAAUAUAUUCUCAACUAACUAACCAGCGUCCAACCACGAGUGCCAUAAACGUUUCCCUGCUGGCUACCAGCUUAACUAGCUCAGCUGCCUGCCCACUUGCCAGCCGAUCGAACGAAAUUCAAUUCAUAUUCAGUGGCUAAGGGCUUAAACAGCUGUUGCCGCGUUUGUUGCAAGCAACACCGCCACCAACAACAACAAUACUCGUCAGUAGCCGCCGCCAUUAAUGCAACAGCAAGUGUGCUGGUAUUUCUGUCCUGUCGCAGAGACGUUUAACAAAGUGCUAAAUGUGCUCGACGCCGCGGCGUUUUGGUGAUCGCUGCGCAGGAAUAAUAGACUGAUGAUCAAAGUAGGAGACCAAUAUGCUUCUUUAUUUGCAAAUGUACCGUUACGUAAAUAAGACAAAUAUGUAUGUGUCUACGAGCGUAUUUAUAGGUGUAGUGUAAAAGACAAACGCACAUGAGACUAGACAUUCUUCGACGAAUCUUCGAUUGAUUAUUGCAACAAACGGAAAAAAAGACAAUUUGCGAAUUUGCAGACUUAAAAAAAAAAAACAGCAACUAAGUGAAGUAAAAGAAAAAUGCACGAACUCUUCACGAAAGUGCUCUCCAAACGUGAUUUAUCCCGUGCUGGCGAUUUAUUCUCGGUGCCAGAUUCCGAAAUCGUCAAUGAUAUUAGCGAAGUGCUCUCUGACAUCAGUCCGAUUAUUUCACAUCCGGACUAUUUAAAAAACAACAAUGAUCAGUCUGUGGUGGAGAUUUGUGUUACACGUGUGCUCUCUUGCAUACGUGAAACGAAAACUGCUGAACGUUAUUGCGCCGCAUUGGUAGAUUUGUUGCGGACGUGCCUGUUAUGGAAUCUUCAGCCAGCUGGCUCGGCCAAAGAGGAACCUCCUCAUGCAAAAAUUGCCGCUGAUAUUAUUUCAAGUAUAUUUUUGAACUAUGAUAAAAAGGAACUGAUGAAAAUAUCACUGCCGGUGGCAGUGCAAUUCCUGCCAAAAGGCAAUCGUGAAUUGUCUCGAAAUUUAGCGAGCUAUCUUUCUUUGGCAGCUAUAGACUAUGCAUACUUGCUAAGUCCACAUGUGUCAUCGAUUAUGGAUUCGAUUAUGGCCGGAAAUUUCGGCUUACUACGCGUGCUUUCACAAAUUUACGAAGUCUCUCCAGAUGAAGUGUCGCCACAUGCACCACUGUUGGUGACGCUGCUGCCACAAUGCGACUCACAAGAGAAACUGGCAGUGCUACAACUAUACCUACUCAUUGCGCAAAAGACGCCAAUGGUUCUCGAGAGCUGUGUGCCACGCCUAUGCGAAUUGUUGUUCGACACUGAAACUGCCGCAAUAACAAUGCAAAUUUUACUUAAAAUCUCUGAGCAACGUCCCCUACUCAUCGUUGAACAUAGCGAGAAAAUCAAAGCAGCCAGCAAAGCAAAUCCAAAUACGGUUUACUUGGCUGCACAAACGCUCGCCUCGGCCGGACGUACGAGCAAGGCGCAUGCGCAGUACGCACUCGACUUUGUUUUGGAACACUUGCCACAUGCAGAUCGCACAUCACAGACGAAUCUACUACAAGAAGCCACCAAGUUAUGCUCAUCAUUUCCCAUACUGUUCACCGAUAAGGUGCUCGCUUGCGUGCGGCAAAAGAACGCGCUCAGUCAACAGAAACUCUCAACAUCCGAUAUAAACAUCGAUACUAGUACUAAGAUGUCAGGCGGCGUAACCAUAGUGAACCUGAACAGUCCGACCGAUCCGCCACCGCCAACACCAACAGCCGCCGCAGCAGUGGUGGCUACUGUACUCAAUACCGUAGCAGCCAAUAAUUCGAGCGCAUCCAAUGCCUCAGCCACAUCGAUACCAAUCCCUGCCGAACCAGCUUCCAGCGCAGCAACCAUUUCGGUGGCAGCCGCCACAGCCACCACAGGUCGCUUGCAUAAAAGCAAAAAUAAGAGUCGCAGUAGUCCAAGUAGUCCGAAGGAUGGUAGCCGCAAGGCAUUACUCAGUGGCAAUCUGAAAAUAUCAACAACACAACCAACGACGGGCGUCGCAACCAACACAACUGUCAUACAACAGAGCAACCAUGCAACUUUGGGCGGCGCGGCUGCUCCAGUGCCUCCCACGCCGCCGCAUGCCGGUUAUACGCGUCGCGUCAAACUCGGCGAUUCGCGCAGUACUGGUCGCCUGCAUCCAACCGGUAAUACGCAUCGCAGUAUGACACGCCUCAAUGUCGCCGGCGGCUCAGUGGGUGGUCUUCAUAAGAGUAUGACGCGCCUUAGCUCAUCCCAGCAUAUCAAUCAGAAUGGCGGUUCCAGUUCCAACAAUGCCAACAAUUCACAAUCCAGCGGCAAUGUGGUGGUGCAAACAGCCACCGGCGCCAGUACGACAACGGUGGGUACGGGAGCAGCACCCAAAACUCCGACCAGUCCCAGCUGUCCAGGAUAUGUGACACCUGUGCCGCCACUGAGCAAUAAUGUCAUUAUAACGGGUCACAAUAAGUGGGGUAUUCCAUCGACGCAGGUCACUUCGGGUGGCGUCACAGUGACUACAUCUCCGACAAAAGUUAGACCGCAUUCGCAAGGGCCCACAACGUUACUUAACUCGAGUACAGCUUUGUUGAAGUACACCACCGAUGCGCUGAAUCAAUCAAUUGGUUCAAUUUCCAUACCACAAAAUCCGGUUUCGGUGCAUCAUGCAUCGCCAGCGUUGCCGCAACAGAAUAACGGCAAUCAAAAGUCUGUGAUGAAGCUGCCCGUGAAUGGAAAUAGCACACACGAAGUGAUCGUCUCCGGGCCAACAACUAAUAUGACGCCACGUCGUAACAACAACAACACCAGUCGCACGCUACUCAACGCCAAUAAUAGCUGCAUUUUAGAUCAACGCAUGAGCACAUUCGAGCCCUAUCAGAUAAUGCGCGACCCAGUACAGCAAUUUUGUGAAAAACAUUUCGGUUCGAUUAAAUCGUACAUGGAUGAGGUAUCACAAUCGCUGCCGCCGCCAACGCGUUGUAGCAUUGAAGUUUCGAAUGAAUUUGCAGAGCGUCGCACAAAGAAAGUAGCCAAACUGCACUUCGCCUGCCAAAUACGCGGCCCCCAUUGUAUGUACUCGAAGACCUGCUUUACGAUGCGCACGCGCAACCCUAAAACCUGGAUACAUUUAAUGUUUUUGGACUUUCAAGUGCGACACUAUGUGAAGGAAAAAACUGUUUUAAGUACACGCGAGCCCGGCAUUAGCAAUUUGAAGAAUAUCUGGCAAAUACUCAAGUGCGAGAAUCGCAGUUUCACAGAAUUAGUCACCAGUCAGUUUCCGAAUGCAAAGGACCGUGAAAUACUCGUCAACGAAUUACGCCAUUCCGGCUUCCUGGACGUUUUCGAGGUAUCCAAAACCGACACAACCAAUCCAAAUUGCAACGAGUUGGAAUAUCAAUGGGGCUGCCUGCUGUGUAAUCAUCCCGAUAAAGCAGUUGGUUUUCUCAAUGGCAGCAAUCAGCCGAUGAUUGAGGGUCAGCUGAAGGAGAAAAAAGGCAAAUGGCGACUAUUUCGACGCUGGCGCACAAGAUAUUUUACGCUCUCUGGUGCACAUUUGUCCUGCAAAGGAUCGAGCGGUGGCGAAAGCAUUGACGUCAAUCAAAUACGCUCCGUUAAGGUGUCGCGCGGCGCACGCAACAUACCUAAAGCAUUCGAAAUUUUCACCGCCGAUCAGACAUUAAUACUCAAACCCAAGGAUGGCAAAAAUGCCGAGGAAUGGGUGCAGUGCCUCAGCAUUGUGGUGGCACAUUCGCAAGCCCGUGAUAAUCCCACUGCGAAAACAAAUAGUCUGCCUGCACGCGGCAUGGGCAGCAGCAAGCCAUCGUUUUAGAACACUGACAACAAGACAACAA